UUUGGAUUUUAGAGUGAAAACUUCCUUAUUGUCUAAAACCUUUAAAAUAGACGACUUUUUUCUCCAGAAUAUUUCGAAAACCUAUCCUUUUCCGUCUUUGUUGUUUUUUACUCGUCAAUAGUAGAUCAGAGGUCUGGGAGACAACAAACAAAGAAUUUUAUGGGACUAAAACCCAAACUCAGCUGUUUAUACAUCAGAUUAGUUAAGUUUAUAAAGUUUUCAUAGUUCUCUCUUUCAUAAGCUAGUAACGUAUGUGAAUUUUGAGGUAUCCAAAUCAUGAAGGUCAAUAUUACAGUUUUCCAUUUACAAAAUCAGCACUGUCCACAGGUUUAAUGCUGCUGAAAGCACGACAUAGGUUAACAAGAUCAUGUGUAACUGAUAUCUGUCGUUUAAUGAGUAAUUGUCGAGUUCCAAAUACUCCACUAAGUUAUCAGGUAGUGAAGUACACACUCGAACAAGAUAUGAUUGAUGAACUCGAUACCGAAACUUACUAUAUUUGUACAAGUUGUUAUCACGCCUCGAAACGCCGUGAAAGUUGUGCCAAUGAAAAGUGCCAUGAGAAUAAUUUAUUUGAAAAACCUCCUUCGAGUUUUUACACAUUUUGUGUACGUCAUCAAAUCGAGCAUAUUCUGCGAAAUCUUAAUGUGCAAUUAAAUAUUAGACCUCAAAAAAACAGCUCAAUGAUCGAUAUCAGUGAUGGCGAUUUUUAUCAAAAUAUCCUAUCGUUAGAAAAUGAUGAUUUUAUUACGUUUGUGUUGAAUGUUGAUGGAAUAUCGUUAUCAGACAGCUCAGAUCAGUCAUUAUGGAUAUUUUUAAUGAUAAUCAACGAGAUUCCACGAAACGUUCGUUUUCAGUUACAAAAUAUAAUCAUUCCAGGUAUUUGGCCUGGACCAAAAAAACCAACAAACCCUGAAUUACAAACAAUGUUAUCCAUUAUAGUUGAUGAGCUUGUAGAUUUGGAAGAAGCCGUUGAUUAUUAUGUAAAAUCUAGUGACAGCAUAUUACCGUUGAAAUCAUUCUUGAUAUCUCUUGUGGGAAAUGUAGCAGCGUUUAAUGCCGAAUACGGAUGUACCAAUUGUUUGAUACAAGGAACGAAAAUUAAAGCAGGUAAAGUGAACAGACGAACGGGUCAACAAAAUACUAUUCGAGUAUUUCCUUCGGGCGACGACCAAGAAGUGUUACGGACUAAUGAAACAUAUGAUAGUAGUAUUCUUGAUUUAACGAUGAAGAAAAGGAAGAAGAAGAUCAAGAAAAAUAAGAAAGUUCUGAAAGAAGGUGUUAAUGGACAUUAUGGUAUUUGUGCACUAAGAGCGUUAAAGUAUUUCGAAAUGGGCGCUUCAUUCGCUGUUGACAGUUUACAUACCAUCUGCAGAGGAGCAAUGAAUCGGCUAUUAACGUUGUGGUUAGACGGGAGUUACAAAGGAGAAAAUUACUCUGUUUGUAAUCGAUUAACGGAAAUUAACGAACGAUUAUCCUCAAUAAGGUACCCUUCAACAACUUCCCGAAAACCACGAAGUUUGACAAAAUAUUACCGUUAUAAAGGUGCGUAA